UUCUUACCUCAAUUUCCACAAAUUAAUAAAUAAACCAAGUAAUUAAUUAAUUCACUUUCCGGCAACAAUGGCGGCUGUCGCGAUAAUAUACCUCACAAUAACCGCUAUCGCCGCCGCCUUCAUUCCGCCGUCGCAGGCCGCCGGAAUCGCCACCUACUGGGGACAAAACGGCGGCGAAGGCAGCCUCGCCGACGCCUGCAACUCCGACAACUACAAAUUCAUCAACAUUGCCUUUCUAACAACCUUCGGCAGCGGCCAGAGCCCGGUUCUAAACCUGGCCGGUCACUGCGAGCAGACCGCCGGCACGUGCGCCCGGUUCGGCGACGAGAUCGCCACGUGCCAGAGCAAGGGCAUCAAAGUCCUCCUCUCUCUCGGCGGCGCCAUCGGCAACCCCGCCCUUGCCUCCCCCGACGACGCCCGCCAAGUCGCCGAUUACAUCUGGAAUAAUUUCCUCGGCGGGAAUUCCGACUCCAGGCCAUUCGGCCCCGCCGUCCUCGACGGCGUCGAUUUCGACAUCGAAAGCGGGACGGCGCAGAACUGGGACGUUCUUGCCACGGCCCUGUCGGAGCGCAGCACCGCCGAGAAAAAGGUAUACCUGUCGGCGGCGCCGAUGUGUCCGAUCCCCGACGAGCGGCUGAACGGCGCAAUUCAGACAGGGCUGUUCGAUUACGUUUGGGUGCAAUUCUACAACAAUCCAGGGUGCGAUAUUAGGGCAGGCGUCGACGCUCUUGUGGCGCGGUGGAAUGAGUGGGCCGCCCUCCCCGGCCGGGAGCUUUUCUUGGGGCUGCCGGCGGCAGAAGAGGCGGCGCCAGGUGGACACAUACCGCCGGAGGUGCUGAUAAAUCAGGUCCUGCCGAAGAUAAAGUCGUCGGAGAAGUAUGGUGGGGUUAUGCUGUGGAAUAAGUUUUAUGAUCGGACUUAUAGUCGGGAUAUUUUGGGAAGCAUUUAAUAAUCUACCUAUCACAUAUAGACUUCAUUCGUCUAUUGUGACUUGUCUUAUCAGCUGCGGUACCACGAUGUAAUAAUAAUAAUAAUGAGAUCUUAGAGAGGGGUUUAUAGUUUGUAUUAUUAAGGUUAAUGACUUCGUUGUGUACGAUGAUGAUGAUGAUGAUGAUGAUGAUGCGGAGGAAAUAAUUGCAGGGUCAAAAUUGCAUUAUUAUUAUUUUGGCCUUUCAAAUGGAUUUGUUCUUCAAAUA